UCUUCUGUACUCUGUCUUCUAUCGCCUAUCGCACAUUGUGCGCUGUCGCCCGUUUCGUGCCCGUGCCCGUAUGUUCGCUGCAACGUUUGCGUUCGCCUGUGUUCCCGUUCCGUUCGCAUUCGUGUCAGUCGAGAUUGAGAGUGCGAAUUUGGCCUACAGACCUAAUUUUCUGUCUGCAGCCAAAACAAACCCAAUUAAAUACCUAAAAAUCGCGUUGAAAUUUAAGUGAACUAUUUAAAUAAACUAAUAAACAAGUGCUACGCAAUGUGAGGCGACAAUUCGAUGAGCGCAUACAAUACAAAAUACGCAAUAAAAAAGUAGGAAAUCGUUUUCUUCGUCACUUCAUUGGUGUGAACUGUGCGAAUUGCACAAUUAUAGCGAACUUUUUUUUGUUGCUUCCACUUAUAUCAAAAAAAGUACACAAAUUGAAGCAGUGAAGUUGAGCAAUGCUUGGUGUUUAGGUGGCGGAGUGCGGCGGAGUGUGUAAGAAAUUAUCGCGUACGCGUUCGGGAGCAACCGCGAAGUGCGCGCUGCAUAUGUUUGUGUGUGUAUGUGCAUGUCAAGUAGUUGGUGUUGCGAAUAAUGUGCAUUGUUGUUAUUGUGUCAUAGCUCCCCCAUAUACAUACAACUGUAUGUAUGUACCCCUCCCACAGGCACUAGCGCAUACUGUGCUUCCAAGCGCUGACAUACCGUAUGUACAUAUGUAUGUCCAUAAUUCGCGCUGUGUGCGCUUGCAGCUGUGUGUAUACGAAGCUCAGACGGACGGCGACGUCGGACGACGAGCCGAUAACUAGUUGUGACGGCUGCUGCUGCCGCUGCUACAGCUGCAAGAUAUUUUUUGAAUUGGACUGCAAUUUGCAAUGCCAUUCUGGAGCUUUCGCAGCGCAGCGGGAUUAGUGUUCCUAGUAAUUGUGUGCUAAUAAAUCGCUAAAGAAAAGCGAAAAUAAACGCAUAACGCACGUAGCAAAGCGGUAACCAAAGCGGCCAGUGUACAGUGCGCUCGUAAUAUUCAUCCGCCGCGGUGUACCGCAUGUGAAAAAAAUGUGCAUAAUUUUGAUUAGAAAACAGUAUAAAGUGUAUAAAAUCAUAUUAGAUGUGAAAGAGAGCUUCAAAGGCAUGAGUGUGUGAAAAUUAGUGCAAGUUCAUGUGCGGAACUUACAAACAUACAAACAUACAUAUGUACGAUAUAAGAAGGAAGUAUAUACAGCUAGAAGAACAGAUGUGAAUGCGCUGUAUUCCUGCAGGCAGACAGUCGGUAAGGUGAACCCAAGUAACCAGCAGGCUUGGAAGUGUUUUAUAGUGCGACGCAGCAGCGCAAUGGUGUGGCCAACAGAACGCGAUUCAAGUGAAAGGAAGAAACAACAACUUGGCUGGUAGGUUGGCUGCUUUGUAUGCUGGUAUUAGCCCUGCUAGAUGCUGUAGCACAAUGUAUAGCCAUAGUAGUGCGAAAAUAUUAUAAGGAAGAGGAAGAGGUGUACGUAUUUCCAGCACGUCCGUGUCCGUAUAUAUCGCUAGGCUGCUAUGCAUAGAGAACGUUACGCAGCCGAAGAAGAAGCAGAAUAAGAGGCAGACGAAAAAGCAGCGGAGGCAACCAGUAAAUACAUGCACACGUAUGAACAAAUGUGUAUUGGAAAAUAGAGGGGUUAGUGCGGAAAUACAAGCACAUAUAUACACACUAAAAAUCACUACCACUAUAGUACAUACACCUAUUGCGCUACAUACAUACUGUCAAACGCUGUAUAAACGCACGGUGAGCUUUUGCAGCCAGCCAGCGCACAGGCGGAAACUGUUGCUUGAAUAGAACGAAGCGUAAAGCAAAGCAAAUAAACAUUGUGGUUGCCAAUAAGUGAAUACGAACGGAGGGAACGGUGGCGGGCAGCGGACGCACAAUACUAAAAUCCACUAAGCACAUGCAUAUAUGCGCAAACCGUAAGCAUUGCAAAAGCUAGCAGCCAUUUAGUUAGCUAGUCAACGUGUACGAGCGAGACAGCGCGUUUGACGCAACUUGUAUGUACCUGCGACCUAACAAAUUUACAUGUAACAACAAAUCUAAGUUUUAUAAACUCAAUAUAAGUGUUUCAAGCGCUUCGUCCUGCAAUGGACGGUUACAACGUUCCAAUGUUGUCCGAUAGCGGCUAUAGUAGUAAUAAUAACAACAAUAUACAAACACAUACACAUCAUCACAAAGAUCAAAUGCUUAGCGCUGGCAGUGUCCCAGCCACACCCUUCAUCUAUGAACUGCCCGGCAGCCAUAAGGCCAUUAGCCAUCAACUGACGGGAAACCUAAAGACGACCAGCAGCGACUAUGCCGCCUUCACCAAUUGCAUACAACAAUCAGCGCUGCUCGAUCAGCGCACAGUGGACGCAGCCAAUAUCGAUGCUGUGUCGCUGGGUAGCCUUUGUGACCUGAAAUUCCCCAACUCACCGACGGCGGAUAAUAGUUUUAAGAAUAUCUCACUCAUCAAUAUCGAGGCUAAUCAUGUGUUGGUGCCAGCGAAAAGCAUCGCCACAAACGAUUUGAUUAACGAUGGCCAUGGCGUUGAGGCGACCUUUUCGAAUAUUUUAUAUGCCAAGGACGAUAUAGUUAUAGAGGCGAAGGAUAUGCCGCGCAGCGACGCCGCGCAGGUGACCCACGUGACGCACUACUUACCCCUGAAACUCAACAAUAAUAAUAACAACAACAACAGCGGUGUUGAGCAUAAAUUUCCAAAGGCCACAGUCACGGUCACGGCUGUGGCUGCAACUGCGCCGACUACUGGCACUACGACUGUUGCGCCAGCGAUAGCGGUAAGUGUGCCCAAUUCCAGUGCGAUGACUGCCAUGCCGUACAGUACGACGGUCGGGGGUGUGACCGUUGCUGGUGGGGGUGGUAGAAGUAGGAGCAACAGAGGCGGUCGUGGGGCGAGAGGUCAUGCCAACAGCAGAAAUGGACGUGCAACUGCAAAUCGUCAGCAGCAGCAACAACAACAACAACAGCAGUUGCAGCCACAGCCAGCAGAAGCUCUUGGCAGCCCCGGUGUUGCGUCAGCGAGCAGCGACUAUUUGACUACGAAUGCUGGAAAUAAUUUCAAUGUUACGGUAGUUAAUAAUCAGGUCAAUAGCAAUCAUCACAACCACCUAACAGAUAACCAAAUCACAACAACAACAGCAACAACGUCCACAAUUAUAGCCACAGACACUGCCAACAGUAAAGUCAUCACACACGGCAUAAAUAAUUUCAUCAGCAACAACAAUCACAGCCAGAAUCCUAGCGCCAGUAAUAAUGGUAUUGGUAAUGGUAAUGGUACUGGUAAUGGUAAUAGCACUGGUAUUGUUGCUGUGAAUGGUAGUGCUAGCAGUAGCAGCAACAGCAACAAUAACGGCUGCAGUAACAACAAAAGCAACAAUGUACAAACUAUAAACAGUAUUGCAACAAUGAGUCAAAACCGGGCAACGGUGUUGCAAAGUGUUGAGGAGGUGACCUUGGCCAAUUCACCCACUCAACGGCCUGGUGCAGUAAUUGUAUCCACAUGUGUUCCCGAAGGCAGCUGCAAUAGCAAUAGUAGUAGUGUCAACAUAAAUCUAAAUAAUACCAACAACAACAAUAAGACUGUUGGCAGCAGUACAAUGUCACCAAGUUCCAUAGAUCAACUAAAAGAAUCGGCGCAACAACAAUCACAACCACAACAACAACAGCAGCAACAACUACUGAACUCAUCGAGCGUUGAUUGUGAUUCUUUAUCCUCCAUGGAUGAUCUGUUAGACGAUCAGGAGAUUAGCGAAGCCAGUUUCGGUGAGUACUGCACUUUGAAUAAUUUUAAUCAUACAAUUUGAUCAAAUUUUGUUGGGAAAUACUACGUUGGCAAUAUUCUGUUGGUUUUCAGUGAUUUUUCAGCUAAAAAAUAAUAAAAAGUGCCUUAAAGUGAAAUAUAGCAGAAAAUUGCAAAUUAUUACGAGAACGAUAAUUAUUUAAUUUGUUAUUUUAAAUGUGGUGAAAUGCGCAACAAAAACACUGAAGUUUAAAAAUGCGUGUUAAAAAUCUUUUAAAGCCAAUAAAAAUGCGAAACAAUGAUUAUAACGGUUAUAAAUAUAAAAAAAAAAUUAUAUUAAAUAAAAAUAAAAACUAAAAAUUUAAAGAAUGCGUAAAAAUCUUAAUAUUUUAAUAAAAAAUCCAUGAUAUUAUACAAAAGUGUUAAAAAUAAAAAUAAUGUAUACACAAAAAUAGUUAAUGAAAAUUAAAAGAAUGACGUUGUAGGCGUAACAAAAAUUACAAAAAAAAAUAUAAAAGAUACA